UGCUUUUUCCUUCAUCAGGAGAAACAUGCAGAAUCCGUGUGUGGGACAGCCUACUACAUGGCCCCAGAAAUGCUGCAAGGCAAUGGAUACAGCUUUGAAGUCGACUGGUGGAGCGUGGGAGUCGUCACAUAUGAGAUGUUGGCAGGCCACAGGCCCUUUGAAUUUGAUGCCAACAAAAGAGAUUUGCAAACACUCUACACUAAAAUCGUAUGUGACACCAUAGACAUUCCCACAUGGUUGUCGCCAGAUGUGGCAGACCUUGUCUGGAACCUCCUGGACAAGAAACCACAUUGCAGACUUGGCGCACUGGACAUCAAGUGGCAUCCAUUCUUUGACGGACUCAAGUGGAGUGACGUGAUGGCAAAGAAAUACCAGAUGCCACGCCCUCCACCACGACGACCAGUCGGCUCUAUUACGUCCAGUCAGACAAGAGACAGUAUCUUCAACCAGAGUGAAGACAAUUACGAGGUAUGCACAUAUGUUGCGCCCGUACUUAUACCACAUUAGACACAUGACGGAGACAUCGAAUAGCCGCACCCAAGACCAAGAAAUGGACGAUGUUCAACUCGCGUCUGUCAUCGAAGAAGUCAUCACAAUACCAUUUGAGAAUAGUGAAACUCCAGAAAUGGACGACGUGAUGUUUGCAUCGGCCAUUUAAGACAUCGUGAAUCAGCUAAAUUAGUAUAAUUAGGGCAUUUUUAGUUGAAAAGUUAAAUAGUUAAAUUGUUGUAAUGAAAACGUUAAAUUGUUUAGUCAAAAACUGUUUAAUUAAAUUGUUUUUGAUUUAACUGUUUAUAUUUUAGAUAAAUAGUUCAAUUGUUUGUGAAAAAGUUAAAUUGUUUUUAGUUCACAUAUUAUAUAUUUAAGAAUAAAAAUUAUAAAAUAUGUUCAUAAACUUGCGCUGCAUGUGUUUCCAUACUUGUUACUCAUAAUUCCAGUUCCUGUUCUGAUCCAAUGUUUAUUUCUUUUCCAGAUCCCAGGGAUGGACAACAUUGAAUUUCUGUCCUUCAGUGAAGAAUCACGAAUCUGCCCAUUUAGUUACGUAGUUUGAAAUUAAAAGACUCCAGAAAUGGAUGACGUGAUGUUUGCAUCGGCCAUUUAAGACAUCGUGAAUCAGCUAAAUUAGUAUAGUAGUAGUAUAGUUGAAAAGUUAAAUAGUUUCAGUUAAAUAGUUAAAUUGUUGUAAUGAAAACAGUAAAUUGUUUAGUCAAAAACUGUUUAAUUAAAUUGUUUUUGAUUUAACUGUUUAUAUUUUAGAUAAAUAGUUCAAUUGUUUGUGAAAAAGUUAAAUUGUAUUAGUUAAAUUGUUUUUAGUUCACAUAUUAUAUAUUUAAGAAUAAAAAUUAUAAAAUAUGUUCAUAAACUUGCGCUGCAUGUGUUUCCAUACUUGUUACUCAUAAUUCCAGUUCCUGUUCUGAUCCAAUGUUUAUUUCUUUUCCAGAUCCCAGGGAUGGACAACAUUGAAUUUCCGUCCUUCACUGAAGAAUCACGAAUCUGCCCAUUUAGUUACGUAGUUUGAAAUUAAAAGACUCCAGAAAUGGAUGACGUGAUGUUUGCAUCGGCCAUUUAAGACAUCGUGAAUCAGCUAAAUUAGUAUAGUAGUAGUAUAGUUGAAAAGUUAAAUAGUUUCAGUUAAAUAGUUAAAUUGUUGUAAUGAAAACAGUAAAUUGUUUAGUCAAAAACUGUUUAAUUAAAUUGUUUUUGAUUUAA